AUGUCGUCGGCGGGUCUCCCACCACGAGUGGUUGCAACCCCCGACCAGCUGGUCAUCCUCAACGCCAUGUAUGCGCGCACGGGCGAGGACGCGACCAAAGACGACAUCAAGGAAGCCUCGCGGGAGACUGGACUGCAGGAAAAGUGGAUCCAUAGAUGGAUCAAGAGGCAACGCUCGGCGCGGGGCAGAGGGAAGAGGAAGAUCUCCCCGCGGGUCUCGAAGUACGACCCCACCGACCCCUCUGGUGCCGCCGACGGUGCUCAGACGAUGUUACUUGACGGCUCAACACACUCGGGGACGUCGCUGGAGUCGCACACUUCUGUAUAUGCGUGGCAGUCCGACGAUCCACUCUGGCGAAACGCCCCUGAUACUGGUGCUGCUUCGGACGCUACUGGCUCUGGCGACGGUCAGAUCAAGAAGCGCUUCAUGCGAGCCCUCGUGAAAUACCUCAAGCCUCCUCAGACCCUCAGGCCCCAGCCCCCCAUGCCCCCCAUGAACUUGAAGCCCCAGCUGCCCUCGUUCAGGUCGCUCUUCCUGGAACCUCCUUUACUGUCCCUCUGCGCUUUGAACCGUGGAAUUCGCAACACGGGACCGCCCGAACGCUCUCCUCUGGAAUCCAUGACAGUUCUGUGA